GGACAAAUAGCUUCAGACACUUGGCGAGAGAGAGAGAGGGAGUCUGUCUUGUCUUGUGUCUACUAUGGAAGGCAUCAAAGUCAUCCGUCUGUUGGCGUUGUUCGUUUUCUCACUGGCCGUUGAACGUGACGUGUUCGUAUGUGAGUACAACAAUGUAUAACAGUAGUUCACUUGAUAUUUGACUCACCGACUGUUGAACUUGACUCGUUCGUACGUGAGUACAACAAUGUAUAACAGUAGUUCACUUGAUGUUUGACUCACCGACUGUUGAACUUGACUCGUUCGUAUGUGAGUACAACAAUGUAUAACAGUAGUUCACUUGAUGUUUGACUCACCUACUGUUGAACUUGACUCGUUCGUAUGUGAGUGCAAGAAUGUAUAACAGCAGCUCACUUGAUAUUUGACUCACUGGCCGUUCAACGUGACGUGAUCGUACGUGAGUGCAAGAAUGUAUAACAGCAGCUCACUUGAUAUUUGACUCGCCUUGACCUUUGGUCGUUUUUUCUUAAAUUUGACUUUGAGAAACGCAUUGUAAUAAAUGAAUCGUCGGCUUCCUUUAUGGUGACCAUACUUACAGGCCUGGACUUACAGGCCUGGACUUACAGGCCUGGACUUACAGGCCUGGACUUACAGGCCUGGACUUACAGGCCUGGACUUACAGGCCUGGACUUAGAAAUGAUUCGUUUAUUGGUUCAAAUAAAUGACAAUGCAUUUUGAGAACAUGUUACAUAACUAAUUCAACACAUAGGCAGUGACCAUUCUGAUUAUAAUAGGACAUUUUAACUUGGACCAGUGGCUAACCUGAGGUUAAACAAAAAAAAGUGGGUGGGGGGGGAUGAUGAAGGUGUAAACGUCCCUAGAGACACUUUGGAAGGGUGCACAUUUUUUGUUCUUUUUUUCUUUCUUUUUUUUUUUUUAAAAGAAAAAAAAUGGGGGGGGGGAGAGCAGAUUUUUAAAAUUAUACAAAUACAUGAUUUUUAAAAAAAAAUCUGUUAACCUUGUUUCUAUCGAAAAGUUCAAAAAUGGUUGAAAGCGGGUCAAUGGUUGGGGCGCAAGUUGAGCUGUUCGCCCCAGUUCCCAUGUAGUUGCCAUGAAUGCCACUGAUUUAGACGCAAAGGGAGGAGCUUUAGCGCUAACAAGUUUACAUCGAUUUCUUCUUUAUCAGAUGGUUCACUUCAUCUCGAAGUUUAUCCAAGAAGUGUGGAAGUUGGCCGUACACGUUCUUUACACGUACACUGCAGCUACGUACCGGAAACGGGCCAAGGAAUGGUCACAUUGGUAUCCCUUGUUGUGUCCGGCUUACGCGAACAUGUGACUGACGUAGAGAAAUCGGAAAGCCCCUUUACAGUCACAAACACCAAUGGCCUACAAGACAUUGCGUCUAUCAGCGUGUUCUCAAGCCAAGUGAGAGUAGCACCUUCGAACUGGAAUGUAAUAGCUCUGGGCUAUAUCCAGCCGAGAGAAAAGUCUUAUCUCAGUUUUGUGAUAGACGAACCAAACUUUGAUGCCCCAGACACGUACAAGUGUACCGCCCACGGGAUUAGAAAGAAUAGCCAGCCAAUGGUGUUGUCAGACAACGCACAAGUUCUAAUCACCAGGUCAAGCCUGAACAAAGAGUCGCGACAAAAACUAGAAAAUCUGGAGUCGGUUGUCGAGGAAGCCGUGGGGGAAAUUCUGACAAUAAAUAAAAGGCAGUCGGAGCAGUACAGAAACUUCAGUGACGACAUCACAGAUUUGUCCUCAACGCAGCUUAGUCAUGAUUUCAAAAUCGGGGCUCUUGAGUCGGAACUUGAGGCGUAUGAAAAUAUCAGCAACCAUUUAAUAUCAGUGUUAUCGGAAAUGGAAAAACUCAGAGUCGAAGACCAUUCUGAAGUUCAAAGUGAACUCGCCACUUUAAAAAUUCAAAACGAAAACGCAACCGCUCAAAUAGUUGCCCUUGAGACUCAAGUUAAACAAUAUCAAAACACAAGCAUGGCGAUGAGUUCACGGCUGUCCUCCCUAGAGCGUCUAAGCGUUACGGCGGAUGAGAUGUCAAAGAAUAAAAACAGCACGCCGAUUUUCCGAAACGGUUUAAACGAAACAAACCAAUCAUUUCGAGACGUGAUGUUCCCAGGGAAUCUCACAGCAGCCGAAACGGAAGCCGAGUUAAGACGUUGGAAAGUUGCCCUCCUGUAUAUAGAACAAUUUUAUUUCGCGUCAAAAAGGUACGAUGACUCGAUCUACUUACUCCCCAAAAACAUGAAUGGGAAGUCACUGGAAGAGUCGGAUUUAUGGUGCAAGAGAUUCGGUGGAUACCUCGCUGAGAUCAAUGACCAGGGCGAAUACAAUUUCAUAGUCAGUUUUAUCAAAGAUUUGCCCGGGUUUCAAACGGUGUACACCGGAGCAGAGUAUAGAUCUACGCCGAGACCCGGGCGCAUGCGUAAUAAGGACUGGAUCUAUCGAAGCAGCAAAAAACCGGUUUCUUUUACAGCAUGGGCAGAAGGAGAACCGAACAACUUGGUAGCUGAACUUUGUCUAACACUUGAGCAGUCGAUGAGUUGGAAGAUGAAUGAUAACAUUUGCACCGCAUCCAGUCGAGGCACAUUUCUUUGCGAGGUUGCGUAUGAUGGUUUAAAUUUUUUACGAUCGUUAAAAUAACCUCCAACCCUCAACACAUACACUAAAUUGUUUCUCCAGCUCCUCAAUCGUCCCUCUUCAAGUUGGUGACGUGGUGAUGGAUGGUAUAAGACAGGAAGUUUAACCUGCUUGAACUUGAAGUGACUCG